UGAGCAGCCAAAGUUGUCACUGUCAGCCGCCAGCAGGCAGCUCCGACAAUGCCAAUGGUGUGCGUGUGAAUUGGAGCUCCAUCCUCAGUCCAUGAUUCUGUUGCUUUGAUUUUGCUCUGAUCUGAGCUACCCCUAGCUUGAACCGCAACCUUGAAGCCAUGUCUCUGAUCGCGUGUUGUGUCCCAGCCUCUUGAAGUUCUUUCUAGUUCCACCAACCCUUUGUUCUAGCACAAUCUCAGCACAAUAAGCUGUCAUGUUCUUUCCUGUCAAUGUGGCGAACGUGGCUUGCCUGUGGGGAUCUUCUGGCUGCUUAGAAAUUCUCUCUGGCUGGUGCGCUGUCGAGAUUAUGCGCUGCUAAUUGAAUGGAACAGUAUCCUUGGGCCUCAUCAAGCUACAUAGUUGAUGCUGCAAAAGUAGAGCAAUGGCUGGCGACGCUGCGGCAGCAGAUGGUGCAGCGGCAGUCACAUUUGUGGGAGCAGUGGCCCUGUUGCUCGGUGUGGUCACCUUGAAACUGCAAAUGUGGCUGCCACUCCCAUAUACGGCCCUCUUAUUGAUCUGGGGCCUGGUCCUUGGCAUCUGCAACGAGACAUUCACUAGCGGCUGGGGUGUCUACGGCGAAGGCGUCACAAGUUGGCGGAACAUCCCCCCUCACUUCAUCCUCAGCGUUCUCCUCCCUGGCAUCUUGUUUGGCGCCACCUUCGCAAUGCCCAAGGCUGUGCUGCGGCGCAGCUUCCCGCACAUCCUCUUACUGGGCGUCCUUGGCGUUCUCAUGGGGAUUGUCCUGACUGCCGUGUUUGCUCGCUACGUCCUUCCCUACGAUUGGACCUGGCACGAGUGCCUGCUCUUCGGCUCAGUGCUGUCGGCAACGGACCCAGUCGCUGUUGUGGCUGUACUCAAGGAGCUUCGGGUACCGGAUGAGUUGACCGUCGUGGUGGACGGCGAAGCGCUUGUCGAUGACGGCGUGGCUGCGGUUAUGUACAUCGUGUGCACUGGCCUCGUACAAGGAAACGGCACAACUGCGGGCGCUAUUGUGCGCACGCUCUGCCGCCAGUCGCUUGCCGGCCCCGCUAUCGGGCUCGCCUUUGGGCUGCUCUUGGUAUUCGGAAUCGAUUACUGGCCCGCCGACGGAUACAUCACGGAGCUCGGCCUGACUUUGGCGGCGAGCUUUGGGGCGUUCACGCUUGCAGAAGACGUUCUGCAGAGCAAUGGCAUCUUGUGUGUGGUUACGUGCGGCUUCGUGUACGCAUUGCUCGCGAAGCGGGAAGAGAGCGCGGCAAAGGCGCUGGAGUCCUUUUGGUCUUCGUUAGAGUGGUGCCUCAACACGUUGCUGUUCGUGUUGAUCGGUGUCGUGGUGGCGGGGCGGACAUACGAGGGGCAUGAUGUGUUGCCAGGCAAUGACAACAUCGAUUUGAGCGACUAUGGUUUCGCGGUGUUGCUGUGGCUGGCCUUGCUGGUAGUCCGGACGAUUGAUGUAGCACUCCUUUGGCCCUUGCUCGCGCACACCGGACAUGGUUUCUCUAUAAAAGGCGCUCUGGUAACCAUAUGGAGUGGGCUCAGGGGAGUCGUCGGUGUCGCACUCGCGUUGCUGGUCUUCUUAGACCCGGCUAUUUCUAACGAGGGGUAUAAACUGCGGGUGCUUUUCUUUAUGGGUUCCACGGUCUGCCUGACCGUGCUCGUGCAAGGCAGUUUGAUCACACCACUCCUCAAGGUACUGCAAUUGGUAGACACCACCGGAAGUUUCCCAGGCGCCCAAACCCCUUCAGAUGAGUCAGGUCGGUCUGUGACCCGAAGUACCGAGUUGACGGCAAUCACGUUGCAGCCGAAGCAAGAAUUGCGUUGACAAGCCUCUACAAAGGUGGUUAAACAUAGUUAUCCGAGGGUUUCCGCUUUCUAGGUCUGGUUGGCGCACGCAUAAGUAGAAGGUCGUGACUCUGCGAGUUUGUUGAAUCACUGAUUGCUGCUGCUUGACUUUUUUGCAUGAGAAGC